AUGAACAUUGUGAGGAAACUCAAUUUAAUGAUACUUUGGAGUAUUUUCUUGUUUUAUACACUGCUGUUUUCAUUACAAGGAUCUAUUUGUGCAUCACCCACACUGACAGGAACACCCGAAAAUGAGUUUAAUGAAAAUCGACAGAAAAGAGCUCUUUUAGCAGCUCAGUUUGAAGCAAGUUCUCCAAGAUACUUUUUUCAUGAAGCUGUCAAUUGGGGUGAGAGCAAAAUAAAAGGUUCCUGUCCUCAUGAAUGUCUGAACGGAGCUUUCUGUUCUAAGACUGGUACAUGUGACUGUCAAAUAUUUCAGGCUCUUGGGACAAGGUGCCAGAUUGUUCCAAAUAUGGGCAGUGGCAGAGAUGGGAUUUGCAAAACCUGGGGUCAAUAUCACUUUGAAACAUUUGAUGGAAUCUACUAUUAUUUCCCAGGAAGCUGUUCUUAUAUUUUUGCAAAGGACUGUGGUAAUUUAGAACCACGGUACACAGUAUGGGUUCAUAAUAGCCCUAAGUGCCUUGGUUCAGUGUAUUCUUGUUACCGGUCAAUCAGCUUAUUCUUUUCAAACCAAGAAGAAAUUCGAAUUUAUGGUCAUGAAAUAAAAAAGAAUGGAAUCAGCUUAGCAUUGCCACACACAACUGGAGAUGUAUUCUUGGAGAAACUAGCUGACUACAUUUUGGUCAAAACGACCUUUGGCUUUUCUCUGGCUUGGGAUGGAAUAUCAGGAAUUUACCUUAAGCUGUCUGAGGAGCACAAAGGGAGCUCAUGUGGACUGUGUGGAAACUACAAUAGCAUUCAAUCAGAUGAUUUUGUAAUUCAUCAAGAGGACUACACAGAAGACAUUGCUAUGUUUGCAAACAGCUGGCUAGUGCAAACUCCAGAGGACAGCAAGUGUGUGCCGACACCCUCAGAUUUUCCCAAUCCAUGCUCCAGUGGGAUGCCGGCAUUUGAGGCCAUCUUCUUCAAGUGUCAGAUCCUGCUGCAGUUUCCUUUCCUGAGCUGCCAUGAAUACAUUGACCCUUAUCUGUAUAUUGCCAGCUGUGUUAAUGAUCUUUGCAAAAUGGAUGAUGAUGAAACGUACUGUCGAGCCGCCACUGAGUAUGCCAGAGCCUGUUCUCAUGCAGGCUUCCCCAUCCAAGAUUGGAGAGAUGACUUCCCAGCAUGCACUGAUAAAUGUGAUGAUAGCUUUGUUCACCGGGACUGUAUCAGUUGCUGCCCACCGACCUGUACAUUUGAGAAGCAAUGUCUUGGGAGCAAUCUGCAUUGUCUUGAUGGAUGUUAUUGCCCUGAUGGACUCAUAAUGGAAAAUGGAACAUGCAUCUCCUUGGAAAAUUGCCCAUGUAGUUUCCAUGGAUUAGCUUAUUCAGUCGGUUCAAAAAUUGAACAAGAGUGUACUGAAUGUAUAUGUGCUGGUGGAGUUUGGAAUUGCACUGAGCAUGACUGUCCAGUUCAAUGCUCUGUUGUGGGCGAUUCUCAUUUUACUACCUUUGAUGGUCGACAUUAUUCUUUUAUUGGCCUGUGCCAAUACAUUCUCGUGAAAGGAACUGGGAAGGAUAGAUUCACAAUUACUCUACAGAAAGCUCACUGUGAGCAGAACCUUGGCUUGGUGUGCCUCCAGUCCAUAACCCUGAUUCUGGAUGAUGAUUUUAGUAAACAAGUGACCCUCAGUCGGGGUGGCCAGAUCAUCACCAGUCCUAACCAAGGCUUCAACCUGAAUGGAAUUGUUGAAAUUCAAACUCUGUCAUCCUUAUUUAUUCUUCUGAAAACCACAUUUGGCUUAAAGAUCCUGUUUGCUAUAGAUGGUGAAAGAAUUUACAUCCAGCUAUCUAGUGCAUGGAAAAGAAGAACAUUAGGUCUGUGUGGCACUUUUAAUGGCAACAUCAGAGAUGACUUUCUUUCUCCAUCAGGGAUGAUAGAAGGAACCCCACAGCUUCAUGCAAAUGCAUGGAGAGUUUCCUCCACUUGUUUCGCACCAGUCCAUGUCCCCGUGGUGGACCCCUGUAAUAUUAAUCAACAAAACAUUGGGUAUGCGGCGCACUGUGAUGUCAUCCACCAGGAGCUUUUCACUCCUUGCCACAUUUACGUCAGCCCGGGCCUAUACUACCAGCUCUGCCGCCACGAUGCCUGUAAGUGUGGCAGUGCCUGCCUGUGUAAUGCUCUUGCCCAUUAUGCCUACCUCUGUGGCCAGCGUGGUGUGCCCAUCGAUUUCAGAGCUCAGAUUUCUUUCUGUGCUGUGGUGUGCCAGAAGGGCAUGCUGUACCACCAUUGCUCCUCACUUUGCCGCCAAUCCUGCACAUCCCUCUCCUCCCCAGAGCACUGUGAUGAUGACUGUGCUGAAGGCUGUAACUGUCCAGAAGGCAAAUUCUAUGAAGAAACACUUAACUUUUGUGUGCCCAUAUAUCACUGUCGUUGUCACUAUAGGGGCAGCAUUUAUCAGCCUGGAGAGCUCAUCCCAACACCAUCAGGCUUAUGUCAGUGUUCAAAUGGUACUGUGAAAUGUGAUGAGCCCUCAACGCCCUCUACUGUUCAUGCCUGCCCAGAAGGAAAGGAGUAUUUUGACUGCAGGUUUCCUGACCCUGAAUUACCAGCUGGUGGUGUAAAUUGUGAGACUACAUGUGCAAACCUGGCCAUGAACUUCACCUGUGCCCCAUCUUCACCCUGUAUAAGUGGCUGUGUUUGUGCUCCAGGGAUGGCUGAGCACAAGGGAAAGUGUUAUAUUCCUGAAAGCUGUCCGUGUAUGUGGAAAGACUGGGAGUACCUCUCAGGAGAAGUCAUUGCUACACCAUGCUACACGUGUGUUUGUCGGCGAGGGAUGUUCAAUUGCACCUAUUAUCCAUGCCCCGCAGUGUGCACAGUGUACGGGGACAGGCAUUAUCAUUCUUUUGAUGGACUGGAGUAUGACUACAUCAGUGACUGCCAGGUGUUUCUGAUAAAGAGUACAGAUGAUUCAGACAUAUCUGUGAUUUCCCAGAAUAAGAAAUGCUUUGACAAUGAUAUUGUCUGUUCUAAAAGUGUUCUGAUAUCAGUUGGGGACACUGAGAUUUACCUGAAUGAUCAACCUUACAAACAGAAACGAGCAGGUUUUUUUCUGGAAAGUAAACCAACAUACCAGAUUGGGAAGGCUGGGGACUACACUGUAGUGUACUUCCCAGAGGAGGACAUCACUGUUCUGUGGGAUAAGAAGACAACCAUUCAUAUCAAAGUUGGACCCCAGUGGAAGAACAAGCUGGCAGGAUUGUGUGGGAACUUUGACAAAUGUACCUCAAAUGAUAUGACCACAUCUAAUAAUCUGGAAGUGAGAAAUGCUCAGGUAUUUGGAGACAGUUGGGCAUUAGGGCAGUGUGAAGAUCCAGUUGAAACAAUGAAACCCUGUGAGGCACAUCAGAGCAAAUUUCCCUAUGCCAAGAGAGAAUGCUCCAUUUUGUACAGUGAUGUCUUUGCUCCUUGUCGCAAUGUGAUUGAUGUUACUUCUUUUGCCAAAAAUUGCCAUGAAGAUACCUGCAAUUGUAACCUUGGUGGGGACUGUGAAUGCUUCUGCACAAGUGUGGCAGCAUAUGCAUACAAAUGCUGUCAGGAAGGGGUGUCCAUUCAUUGGAGAUCACCCACAGUUUGUGCACGUGAUUGUGAAUAUUACAAUGAAGGGCUUGGAGAAGGACCAUAUAUGCUGGCAAGUUAUGGACAGAGUGGCCUUGUUUUAGGAGCCAAUAUGAGCAGUAGAAAAAUUUUCUCUUUGCCAAGAAGUAAUAGUCAUAGCAAUUUAUUUUUUUAUUUCAUGAUCACUCCAGGCCUUUUCAGUGAGAAGACAUCAUCAUUGGCCCUUGUUUCUUUGGAAUCAGCUGAAAGGCCCAACUACUUUCUCUAUGUCCAUGGCAAUGAUACUCUUAGCUUGGAGCUGUGGCAGGCGAAUUCAGCUUUUCAAAGAGGAGCAACAUUUUUCUACCACCAGAGCCUCUGGAUUCCUGGUUACAAUGCCUUUGAGUUAUACAGCAAGAGAGGCUUUUUCAUCAUUUUUAAAGACUCUAGUGUCAAAGCAUCAAAAUAUGAUGACUCUGAAGAAUUCAAGCAGUCAAGUAGCUUCAGCAUAGAAGAAAUCCAGGCAGCAGUCCCUUACAGGAGGAUGUGCGAGUGGAGAUAUGAACCUUGUGCCACUCCCUGUUUUAAAACAUGCAGUGACCCUGAGGCAGUAGCCUGCAAAGUUCUUCCACCGGUUGAAGGAUGCUUGCCGUACUGCCCCAAGCAUAUGAUCCUAGAUGAAGUCACCCUCAAAUGUGUUUAUCCAGGAGACUGCAUACCUUUGAUUCCCUCAGAGCCAGCAUUAAUGCCACCAGCUGGUCCAGAUAUUACUAUUACUCCAUCUGACCUACUAACACCGACCACAACCCCAGGUUUGGAAUGUGAGCCCCAGGAGUUUGAUCCUGUUUAUAACUGCAGCCAAUACAUUUGCCUUAAUAUGGAAUGGACCUUUUACAACUGGUCUCUGAAUUGCCCAAAAGAGUUGGAAAUGCCAGACUGUGGGUUUCGGGGAAGGCCUGUUCAAGUAAACACGGAUAUCUGCUGUCCUGAGUGGGAAUGUCCCUGUCGGUGCUCCAUGCUGUCAGAGCUGAGCAUUAUUACAUUUGAUGGAAAUAAUGCUGCAUUAUCCAGCAUGGCUUCUUACAUCUUAGUAAGGAUCCCUGGGGAGCUUAUUGUUGUUCAUAUUGAAAAAUGUUCCAUGAAUCAGGAUGGAAGCUCAUUUAAGAAACCAGCUUCCUCUGGAAGAAUCUCUGGACUUUGUUUUAAGAAGUUAAACGUGACAACAUCUGAACAUAAAAUACUUGUCAAUAGGGUAGCAAGAAAGGUAUAUGUGAAUUCUUUGGUCAUGCCUUUACCCUUUACAAGUAAAGAGCUGUCCAUAGAGGAUUCUGGGACGAUGUAUGUGAUCACUACUCCAGCUGGACUCAUCAUAAAGUGGGCUCACCUUACAGGAAUCAUAGACAUUCACUUUGGCUCCCAAUUUAACUUGUCAUCCUAUACAGAAGGACUUUGUGGGAUUUGCAAUGAAGACCCAGAUGAUGACCUCAGGAUGCAGAAUGGCACCAUUAUCACCAAUAUGGAAGACAUAGAAUUAUUUAUCAGGAGCUGGGAAAUUGAGAAAUCGUUUGAAGUAACCACAAGAAGACCUGUCAGGAAUUGUACCGAGCAUGACUGCAGUCCCUGCAUUGAGUUACUAAACAAAGGGGUUUUCAGUCCAUGCCACAAUAAAGUUUCACCAAAGGAUUUUUGUGAAAAGAUGUGGAUCAAUUACACAUAUUUCUGGAACUACGAAUGUGAUGCUAUUUCUGCAUAUGUGGCUUUGUGCAACAAGUUUGACAUCUGCGUCCAGUGGAGAACACCUGAUUAUUGCUUUCUGAGUUGUCCAGAGGGAAAGGAGUAUCAACCCUGUGUACGGCCGUGUGAAGCAAGAACAUGUCUCAAUCAAUGGUUCUAUGGACACUCUGAAUGUCUGAAUUUAAGAGAAGACUGUGUAUGCAAAAAUGGUACCAUUCUUCAUCGUCCAGAUAAAUCUCAAUGCAUUCCAGAGAGCCAAUGUGUAUGCACCGACAGUGAAGAUCAAGCCCGUGUUGCUGGGGAAGUCUGGAAUGGGGGUGUUGACGAAUGUGCCCUGUACAAGUGUCUGGAGAAUGGAAGCGUCAUUCCUAUAGAGCCAGACUGUGAGGAAGAACUCUCACCUGUCUGUGACCGGGAAGCUGAAGUCGUCAUAACCAUCACUGAUAGGCUGACCUGCUGUUCUAAGGAAGUUUGUGGGUGUGACAUGACUUUGUGUGAAACUACUAUUCCAAUGUGCACAAGUGGUCAAAAACUGAUUGUUGGUUAUAGCCAUGUUUCUUGUUGUCCGCAGUAUAAAUGUGAAUGUGACAUAUUCAAAUGUCCCAAUAUCUCAACACCAGAAUGCAGAGAUGACCAAUUCAUGCUUCAAGUUCAACAGGGAGAACCUUGCUGUUUCUACCCCAUCUGUAUUUGUAAAUCUUGCACUGAACCUGCUCCUCUAUGUACUGAUGGAGAAUUUCUUACAGUAAAUCUUAACACCACACAUUUAUGCUGCCCUCAGUACUACUGUGUUUGUGAGCCCAAUCUUUGUCCUAUACCACUGCUCAACUGUACAGAAGAUAUGGAUCUUGUGAAAGAAAAUGUAUCUGGUCAAUGUUGUCCAAAUUGGCAUUGUGAAUGUAACUGUGGAAACCUUGUUAUGCCAACAUGUGAUGUGGGAGAAUUUACCAUAAUAGACCAAAAUUUUCAGAGUGACUGUGGAUGUGUACAGUAUCAGUGUGAAAAGGAUGAUGUGUGCCUUUUACAAGAAGUAUCAGUAUUGAAUCCUGGGCAGUCUAUGAUAAAGUAUUUGGAAGGAGACUUUUGUUAUACAAUAGAGUGUCUGCAAGAAAAAGAUAACCAAACAGGCUUUCAUACUUUGAAUGUUACAAUGGUGAAUUGUUCAAAAGAAUGUGAUGUUCACCAGAUCUACACUCCAGCCUCAGGUGAUUAUGAUUGCUGUGGGAUCUGCAAAAAUGCAUCCUGCAAAUUUCACAUGGAUAAUGGAACAUCAGUUAUAUAUGAGGAGGGCAGCACCUGGCACUAUAACUGCACAACGUAUGAGUGUGUUAAGACUGAUGAGGGGGUAAUGAUUCUGAACUACAGUAUGGUCUGUCCCCCUUUUAAUGAGACUGAGUGUAAAAUGAAUGAAGGGCUCGUCAAGCUUUAUAAUGAAGGCUGUUGCAAGAUAUGCAAACGAGAAGAAAGAAUAUGUCAGAAAGUGAUCAUUAAAUCAAUGAUAAGGAGACAAGACUGUAUAAGCCAAAGUUCUAUUAAUGUCGCAUCUUGUGAUGGAAAGUGCCCAUCAGCUACCAUAUAUAACAUCAAUGUUGAAAGUCACCUAAGAUUCUGCAAGUGCUGUCGUGAAAAUGGAGUACGAAACCUGACUGUGCCCCUGUAUUGCUCAGGGAAUGACACUGAAAUUAUGUAUACUCUCCAGGAACCUAUAGACUGCACAUGCCAGUGGAAUUAA